GGCGGCGGCCGGGCCCGGGUGAGCGCGGCCCGCACGCAGCUCCGGGGCCCGCAGCCGGCUGCCCAACGCUCCGGGGCGCCGGUGAGCGCUCCCCGCUCCUGUAGGCCGCAGCGUAGGCCGCAGUGCGGCCCGCGGGCCGCGGGAGGCCUCCGGGCGGCCUCCGGGCUCCGGGCACCGCGGCGUAGGCCCAGGCCGGGCCCGUGGGGGCUAGGCCGCCGUGGCGGGGCCGUCCCCUCUCGGUGAGCGCCGUGCCGCUGCUCCUUGCCGCCAUGUGGUCCGUGCUGUGGACUGCCGUGCGCACCCACGCGCCCUACGUCACCUUCCCGGUGGCCUUCGUGGUGGGCGCCGUGGGAUACCACCUGGAGUGGUUCAUCCGCGGCCCCAGCCCGCCGCCGGCCGAGGAGGAGGAGAAGAGCAUCUCGGAGCGGAGGGAGGACCGAAAGCUGCAGGAGAUUGCGGGCAAGGACCUGACCAAGGUGGUGAGCCUCAAGGAGAAGCUGGAGUUUGCCCCUCGGGCAGUGCUGAACAGGAACCGGCCCGAGAAGAGUUAAUGGAGCUGUUGGUCCUGCCAGCGCACGUGGCUGAAGCUGAGGACCCCCAGCUGGCCCUGCGCUGUGCACGGCAGCACUGUGCUGGGGUUCCUCUGUCACCUGCACACCUCCGCCCAGACCCCGUCCUGCACCUGGCUGUGCUCUGGCUGUUCUCUGCCUCUACUGACGCACGUCACCCUCCCUGGGCUCUGCAGAGCUGUCAGGGUUUGCCCACCCCAUGAAUGUCUCCAGGACUGCAGCCAGCCCCUGUCCUCCGCAGCUGACAGGGAAUGGGGUAAUGGUUUGGAGAUGGAAUGUGUGAAACUCACCAGCUCUCAACCUGUUCUGGCCCCGGCAGCACAAAACCCUCAUGGCUUCAUCCGCCACACAUGUCGCUUUAGGUUUGAGUUCUUUGUGGGCAUGGAAACAGAAGAGAUUUGCACUCUACAUUUCGACCUGAGUGAUAUGGGAUAAGGUGGGCUGACUGCAGUGUGAGGAGGGCCUGCCCUCCUACUUCCAUCUCUUCUUGCUCUUUGUGAGCCCAGACUGCUUUGCUACAGACCUCAGCACCUCACCAACAUGUUAUCACCAUGGGAGCCUGAGUGCAGUGGGGAUCUGGAAGCUCUCUUUGCACCAUCCUGGGGCUCUGCGGCAGGGAAGUGGACCAGGGGAGGGCAGACAUCCUGGCUCUGCAUCCAUUGUGGAGCUCAGAGGUGUAGAGAAUGAGAACUCUUGCUUUGUACAGACACAGCCAGAUUAAACUUCUGUGAGUCCUGGGCC